AUGGAAGAAAAGAGGCUGAAGAUAACAAGGGGACAUUCAAAACUCAUCAAUCUAAGAGAAGAAAAGAGGCUGAAGAUAACAAGGGGACAUUCAAAACUCAUCAAUCUAAGAGAAGAAAAGAGGCAGAAGAUACCAAGGGGACAUUCAAAACUCAUCAAUCUAAGAGAAGAAAAGAGGCAGAAGAUAACAAGGGGACAUUCAAAACUCAUCAAUCUAAGAGAAGAAAAGAGGCUGAAGAUAACAAGGGGACAUUCAAAACUCAUCAAUCUAAGAGAAGAAAAGAGGCAGAAGAUACCAAGGGGACAUCCAAAACUCAUCAAUCUAAGAGAAGAAAAGAGGCAGAAGAUACCAAGGGGACAUCCAAAACUCAUCAAUCUAAGAGAAGAAAAGAGGCAGAAGAUACCAAGGGGACAUUCAAAACUCAUCAAUCUAAGAGAAGAAAAGAGGCUGAAGAUACCAAGGGGACAUUCAAAACUCAUCAAUCUAAGAGAAGAAAAGAGGCAGAAGAUACCAAGGGGACAUCCAAAACUCAUCAAUCUAAGAGAAGAAAAAAGGCAGAAGAUACCAAGGGGACAUCCAAAACUCAUCAAUCUAAGAGAAGAAAAGAGGCAGAAGAUACCAAGGGGACAUUCAAAACUCAUCAAUCUAAGAGAAGAAAAGAGGCUGAAGAUAACAAGGGGACAUUCAAAACUCAUCAAUCUAAGAGAAGAAAAGAGGCAGAAGAUAACAAGGGGACAUUCAAAACUCAUCAAUCUAAGAGAAGAAAAGAGGCUGAAGAUACCAAGGGGACAUUCAAAACUCAUCAAUCUAAGAGAAGAAAAGAGGCAGAAGAUACCAAGGGGACAUCCAAAACUCAUCAAUCUAAGAGAAGAAAAGAGGCAGAAGAUAACAAGGGGACAUUCAAAACUCAUCAAUCUAAGAGAAGAAAAGAGGCAGAAGAUACCAAGGGGACAUUCAAAACUCAUCAAUCUAAGAGAAGAAAAGAGGCAGAAGAUACCAAGGGGACAUUCAAAACUCAUCAAUCUAAGAGAAGAAAAGAGGCAGAAGAUACCAAGGGGACAUUCAAAACUCAUCAAUCUAAGAGAAGAAAAGAGGCUGAAGAUACCAAGGGGACAUUCAAAACUCAUCAAUCUAAGAGAAGAAAAGAGGCAGAAGAUAACAAGGGGACAUUCAAAACUCAUCAAUCUAAGAGAAGAAAAGAGGCAGAAGAUACCAAGGGGACAUCCAAAACUCAUCAAUCUAAGAGAAGAAAAGAGGCAGAAGAUACCAAGGGGACAUCCAAAACUCAUCAAUCUAAGAGAAGAAAAGAGGCAGAAGAUAACAAGGGGACAUUCAAAACUCAUCAAUCUAAGAGAAGAAAAGAGGCAGAAGAUACCAAGGGGACAUCCAAAACUCAUCAAUCUAAGAGAAGAAAAGAGGCAGAAGAUAACAAGGGGACAUUCAAAACUCAUCAAUCUAAGAGAAGAAAAGAGGCAGAAGAUACCAAGGGGACAUCCAAAACUCAUCAAUCUAAGAGAAGAAAAGAGGCAGAAGAUACCAAGGGGACAUUCAAAACUCAUCAAUCUAAGAGAAGAAAAGAGGCAGAAGAUACCAAGGGGACAUUCAAAACUCAUCAAUCUAAGAGAAGAAAAGAGGCAGAAGAUAACAAGGGGACAUUCAAAACUCAUCAAUCUAAGAGAAGAAAAGAGGCUGAAGAUAACAAGGGGACAUUCAAAACUCAUCAAUCUAAGAGAAGAAAAGAGGCUGAAGAUAACAAGGGGACAUUCAAAACUCAUCAAUCUAAGAGAAGAAAAGAGGCUGAAGAUAACAAGGGGACAUUCAAAACUCAUCAAUCUAAGAGAAGAAAAGAGGCAGAAGAUAACAAGGGGACAUUCAAAACUCAUCAAUCUAAGAGAAGAAAAGAGGCAGAAGAUAACAAGGGGACAUUCAAAACUCAUCAAUCUAAGAGAAGAAAAGAGGCAGAAGAUACCAAGGGGACAUUCAAAACUCAUCAAUCUAAGAGAAGAAAAGAGGCAGAAGAUACCAAGGGGACAUUCAAAACACAUCAAUCUAAGAGAAGAAAAGAGGCAGAAGAUACCAAGGGGACAUUCAAAACUCAUCAAUCUAAGAGAAGAAAAGAGGCAGAAGAUACCAAGGGGACAUUCAAAACUCGUCAAUCUAAGAGAAGAAAAGAGGCUGAAGAUACCAAGGGGACAUUCAAAACUCAUCAAUCUAAGAGAAGAAAAGAGGCAGAAGAUACCAAGGGGACAUCCAAAACUCAUCAAUCUAAGAGAAGAAAAGAGGCAGAAGAUAACAAGGGGACAUUCAAAACUCAUCAAUCUAAUAGAAGAAAAGAGGCAGAAGAUAACAAGGGGACAUUCAAAACUCAUCAAUCUAAAUGAAGAAAAGAGGCUGAAGAUAACAAGGCCUAAAUAA